AUUACACAAGCAGAAAAAGGUGUCCUAAAAAUCCUGGCAUUGAAAAUUACGUAAGGAGGUGAAGAAAAGAAGCAGCGGGCUGGAAAAUCCUUUUAUUUUGAAAACGUGGACAGGAAGUAGCUCCGGGCACUUACCGGUCUCCAAUUUUCUAAAGCCGGGCUGAGCUGCCGCCGCUGCUGGACCUCCUCCGGAGCAGCAGGGCGUCUCCGCGGCUCUCACAAGUUGCAGCAGCUUUCACGGAGCUUUGACGCGUCACGGAGCCGUCUAAUUCCUGCAGUGGUUCGGACGAGGACAUUAAAGUACAUCGGAAUGACUGACGAGCAUGAGCGAAAGGAACUUCCAUACUGACGACAGUAAUGGAGAACACAUCGUGGCCCCACUCUUCGUAUGUCCCGCAUUACCUCCUCCGCGGUGACCCUUUUGCCUCCAGACUCUCCAGAGAGGCAGACAUCGUCGCAGCUUUUUACAUCUGCAUCAUAGGAAUCCUGUCUGCGACAGGAAAUGGCUACGUCAUUUUCAUGACCGUCAAACGCAAGACGAAGCUGAAGCCUCCUGAGCUCAUGACCGUCAAUCUAGCCAUUUUUGACUUUGGCAUAUCAGUGACAGGAAAGCCAUUUUUCGUUGUGUCUAGUUUCUCCCACCGCUGGCUGUUCGGCUGGGAGGGCUGCCGGUUCUACGGCUGGGCGGGCUUCUUUUUUGGCUGCGGGAGCCUCAUCACAAUGACGGUGGUGAGCCUGGACCGAUACCUCAAGAUCUGCCAUCUACGAUAUGGCACUUGGCUAAAACGCCACCAUACUUUCCUAUGUCUGGCCUUUGUAUGGAUCUACGCCGCUUUCUGGGCGACCAUGCCUCUGGUUGGCUGGGGAAGCUAUGCCCCAGAGCCGUUUGGGACUUCGUGCACAUUGGACUGGUGGCUAGCACAAGCCUCUGUGUCCGGACAGAGCUUUGUCAUGUCCAUCCUGUUCUUCUGCCUCGUACUCCCGGCUGGCAUCAUUGUCUUCUCCUAUGUCAUGAUCAUCUUCAAGGUGAAGUCUUCUUCAAAAGAAGUUUCUCACUUUGACGCUCGCAUCAAAAACAGCCACAACCUUGAGAUCAAACUUACAAAGGUGGCAAUGCUGAUCUGUGCAGGCUUCUUGAUAGCUUGGAUCCCAUACGCAGUGGUUUCAGUGGUUUCCGCGUUUGGUGAACCGGAUUCCAUUCCCAUUCCUGUGUCUGUCAUCCCCACAUUAUUGGCCAAAUCUUCAGCGAUGUACAACCCUAUCAUCUACCAGCUUGUGGACUUAAAAAACUCAUGCUCAACGUGCUGUUCUAAAGUCAUAAGGAAAAGGACUCAUUUCAGGAAUUCAAGGUUCUACGCCAUCUCGGGUUCAUUGAAGGACACAGCACCCGCCAAAGAAGCCCACAUUGAAAUCUGAGACAAACUCUCAAGACAGGAGGGGAACUUUUUACCUCUUCCGGUUUGGACAGUUUGCCUUGUUCCCUGCCCUGUGUGCCCGGCACCUAUCCAAUCACACGCUGCCUGCUGUGAAAUCAUUAACAGCUCACCUUUGUUGUUGGUUCCUGAGUCUUCCAGCUUGAUUUCACCACCUCACUGGACAUUGAUGUGUUUCCUGCAGCUUUUUACCUCCUUGUAAUCGGAAACAAAUCUAAUCCACCUCCUUGUUUUUAGGGAGUUUUUUUUGUCUAUACACUGGUUUCAGAGUAACGUAUUGUGUGUGCUUGUUGUAUCUUUUUAUGCUACAGAAAACCUGUCUGACCAUUGCUAAAGCAAUAGGUGGAUAAGUUUGAGAUGAAAGCCAUAACUCAGGUUUUGAAACUGGAGAUGUUGAGUUGCAUACUGAGGUAGAACUUUUGAAAACAGUUACGUAAGUGUCAUGCAGUAAAACUUUACAGAUUAAGUUUAUUUUUUCAAAGUGUUUGUUUGGGGAAUUAGCAAAAAAAUUAAAAAGAAGAAAGCUGUACAAUAAAAUGUAAUUCAGAGUUGCAUUUAUACAGUUAGUUCAGGAUGUUUGUACUUUUGUGUAUAGCAACAAUAUUUAAAACCGAAGGUACUAAAUUAUAUUAUAUAACUUCUCUUUAACA